GUCUCCUUGUGUCAACUACAUCAAAGAACAGCAAAACCGUGCAUUCGCAGCGAUUCUAUCCUCCUUAUGUUUUCUGCUCUCCGACUAUCACGUCCAUCACUUCUGCGCAGUAUUCUCACAUCAGCAGCCAUGCAGGAAUCUAGGAAAGCAGCGAGGCCGAAGCGCUUCACAGACAACAGAGCCAAGAAGAGAACCAUGGCAACGCAGGGCGCUGCCGAGCAGUCUCCUGGUGCAGCAUCUUCAUUCUCGACACCGCAGCCCAUCGCCAGCACGGCUCCCCCGUUGACCAUUCCCAUUCCUGAUGACACGCCCAAAUUCUCGGAUUUGGCCAAAGACAACCUCAUUCACCCUACCUUGCUGCAGACCAUCGCACAAGACAUGAAGUUCGAACACAUGACGCCUGUCCAGGCGGCCACUAUACACCAUCUUCUAAGAGACAGACAAGACAUGUUGGCACAAGCAAAGACAGGCACCGGAAAGACAAUGGCAUUCUUGCUCCCGUCUAUCCAAACUCUCAUUACCAGAGGGCGGAAACCUGGUGCUGACAUAUCACUACUUGUCAUCUCUCCAACUAGAGAACUUGCCAUGCAGAUUGCCAAUGAAGCACGAGUCUUGUUGCAACGUCUGCCCCAGUACAAAGUAUGUGUUGCCAUCGGUGGUACUAACAAGGACUCGGAAGAGAGACGCAUUCGGAGUGGCUGCGACCUGUUGAUUGGCACGCCUGGGCGCCUUCUGGACCAUUUCGAGGGUGGCAGUGACGUCCGUGAUAAGCUGCGAAACGUCGACACCCUCGUUCUCGAUGAAGCAGAUAGACUUCUGGACAUGGGCUUCCUCCCCGCGCUCAAGUCUAUCAUCCGAUGCUUGCCUGAUAAGGAAAAGUCGAAGAGACAGGGCAUGCUCUUCUCGGCAACGAUUGCGGAUCAUGUUGAGAAGGUAGCUCAUCUAGCUCUUGCAAAAGAUUACAAGUUCAUCUCUACAAUCCCCAAGGGAGAAGUGAAUACACAUGAGCGUGUCCCACAGCAUCUCGUCGUUGUCCCUACUUUCUCAGACAUGGCUACUGGCCUCGUUGGGGUCCUGCGCCAAGAGCUUGCCCACGUCGGCCGCGAUGGCUUCAAGGCCAUUGUGUUCGCGCCAACAGCAGCUCAGGUAGAUUUUUACGCAGGCAUUAUUGAACAGUGCUCGGAUUUGCCCAAACCUACAGCCUUGCAUUCCCGCUUGUCCCAGAGCAAACGUACCAAUACUUCCAAUGCCUUCCGCGAAGCUAAGAAUGGUAUUCUCGUCGCCACGGACGUUAUCGCACGUGGCAUGGACUUCCCAUCCGUCACGAACGUCAUUCAAGCAGGUAUGCCUGCUGACAAGGAAUCUUACAUCCAUCGCCUGGGACGUACUGCCCGCGCAGGCGCGGAGGGGCGUGGUACCUUCAUCAUCACAUCUCAUGAGACAUUCUUCUCAAAAUUCACCUUGAAAGACAUCAAGUUCGAGGAGACCACAGCGGAUCUCAGCGCGCAGAGGGACAUUCUGUCCAUUGCCGAGAGAAUGGACCCGGAGAUGCAUCGGAAAACGUACCAAGCGUGGCUCGGCUUCUACAAGUCGUAUAUGAAGCAGCUGCGCUGGGACUCGGAGACGCUGGUCCACGAGGCCAACACGCUCGCACUGAAAGGCUUGGGUUCCCCGGAGGUACCAACCAUGCCGAAGAGCAUCAUCGGUAAGAUGGGCUUGAAGGGUGUGAAGGGCUUGAACAUUGGGCCGGACCCCCCGAAGCAGGGCCGUGGAGGAGGUGGUCGCGGAGGAGACCAGUCGGGCGGCUGGGGUGGAGCAUCGACUGGCAAUGGUGGCGGACCGCGUAACAAGCGGCCGCGCAAGCAGUCUGAUGCUUGGUAGGUACCUCCUGUCUUGAUGACGCUGGCGAAGGAUAGGAGAUUUUGGGUCUUGGUUGCUGGGAGUCCGGCUCGAUGUAUGAAUAAUAGACUACUGGGUAUACGACGCUUGCAAUGUCGAUCAGAUCCUAAUGAAUCAACUUUUGGGGCUUUGCCCUUGUCUUUCAGUCUAUGCUGCGCCGCGAGUGGGAUUCCCACGUGGCUUACGAGUAAUCUGGGAU